AUGGAGGAGGAUGAGAGGGAGAUGAUUGAUCAUUGGAGCCACGAGCAUCCACUUCCUUUGGUGGAUACUCGUAAAUUAGAAUACUGUUAUGGUUGUGAAGUUCAGUUUGGUAGCGGAGAGCAAGCUUAUGGAUGCAGCAUCGACGGAUGUAGAAGCUCAGGAUGCGGGUUCCAGAUGCACCUGAGAUGCGCGCAUGACAGUGACCUGAUCGAUGCAGACGUUGAUGUGCAAAGAGAUAUUGGGAAGGACAUGAUCCAUUUUCCAACAAAUGAGGUGGCUGAGGAGCUAAUUACACCUUUCGUGAUGAGAGAAAAUGGAGGAACAACAUUCAUGCCACCCAUCAUCAUACAACCUAAUAAUGAUGAUGAGUUGGUGAAUGUGAAAUAUAAGUUCCUUCAUCACCAACAUGAGCUCACUUUAGUCUCAUCCACAUCUCAACACCCUCAAAUCCUAGGAGAAGAAGAAGACGAGGAAAAUUAUGGAGUGAGAUCGGAAUUGAUAUGUGAUGGGUGCAUCACUCCUAUAUCUUCAUCAAGUAGUAAAUGUUACUACUACUACUACUACUACUACAUGAGUUGCAGUGAAUGCAAAUACAAUCUUCACAUGGCUUGCUUUCACUUGCCACCUCGCCUCCACUCUGUUCCACUCCACCACCACGAUUAUCAUCACUCACUGGACCUCCGAUCUUGCGACAAACUUCGACCUUGGGAGGGGAAAAUGUGCAGUGUGUGUGAGUAUCCUAUGAAUGGGCUGUUUUACACUUGUACAAAGUGCGGCUUCAAAGUCGAUAUCCAAUGCGCUUGUAUGCCGGAUACCAUACACCAAGCAGCUCACCCGCGACAUCUCCUAAAGUAUGUGACUCAGUCGGAUCUAUACAGGGAUAUUAACCGACGGCGCUUGUCGUGUGCUGCUGGUUGUGGCAUAGACAUAGCCUAUUAUGAUUGUUACAGCAGCCGUAGAUGGGACAAGCACCACCAGCUGCUGUUGACGUACGACGCCACUCUCAACCGUCCUGGCGAUUUCUACUGCGAUCAAUGCGAAACACAAAUGAAUCCCAGGAGUUGGAUGUAUCACUGCCGCGCCUGCGAUAUAUCCUUCCAUCCAGAUUGCUUUCCAACUACAUCAGGCGAGUAUAGAAACAAGAAGUUGGGGCAGGAAUAUGAUCUGCGGUCCAAAAAUGAUAAUGGUGACAUGAAGGCCAUUGAUUGA